AUGAGGCAAGGAUCUGCAGUGGGGUUCCUCCUGGGGCUGAUGGCUCUCCCAGCGGCGCUGGGACAGAGAAGCUCGGGAAGCCCUAUAAAUAGCAGCGAGCAUCAAAGCUUUGCCAUCGUCUCUUUCGAAUGGGAUCACGUCAAGGACCCUUAUGUCAUUACGCUCUGGGUACUCGUGGCCAGCUUGGCCAAAAUCGUUUUCCACUUGUCCCACAAAGUCACUCGGGUGGUUCCCGAGAGUGCCCUGCUCAUCGUUCUCGGCCUGUUCCUCGGUGGCAUCGUGUGGGCAGCGGAUCACAUCGCCUCCUUCAAGCUCACGCCAAAAGUGUUUUUCUUCUACCUGCUGCCCCCCAUUGUGUUGGAUGCUGGAUAUUUUAUGCCCAAUAGGUUGUUCUUUGGAAAUCUUGGUUCCAUCCUUCUAUAUGCUGUCACUGGGACAGUAUGGAACGCUGCCACCACCGGUUUAUCUCUCUAUGGUGUCUACCUGACGGGAAUAAUGGGCAGCCUGAAUACUGGACUGCUGGACUUCCUCCUGUUUGGCAGCUUAAUCGCGGCUGUGGACCCGGUAGCUGUUCUGGCAGUGUUUGAAGAAGUCCACGUCAACGAAGUUCUAUUCAUCAUUGUUUUUGGAGAAUCACUUCUGAACGAUGCUGUAACUGUGGUGCUGUACAAUGUGUUUGAAUCUUUUGUUACAAUAGGUCCCGAGAACGUGACGGGGAUUGAAUGUAUCAAAGGCAUAGUGUCAUUCUUUGUGGUGAGCCUAGGUGGGACACUGGUUGGUGUUUUCUUUGCGUUCCUGCUCUCCUUGGUCAGCCGUUUCACCAAGCACGUGAGAAUCAUUGAGCCUGGAUUUGUGUUUAUCAUUUCCUACCUGUCCUACCUCACGGCAGAGAUGCUUUCUCUUUCUGCUAUCCUUGCGAUAACUUUCUGUGGCAUUUGCUGUCAGAAAUACGUCAAGGCUAAUAUAUCUGAACAGUCUUCUACAACUGUCAGAUACACCAUGAAAAUGUUGGCCAGUGGAGCAGAAACUAUUAUCUUCAUGUUCCUGGGGAUUUCAGCUGUAGAUCCAGAAAUCUGGACUUGGAACACAGCAUUUAUUCUGUUGACUCUGGUCUUCAUCUCUGUAUAUAGAGUUAUUGGUGUAGUGUUACAGACAUGGAUUCUGAACCACUACAGAGUGGUCCAGCUGGAGAUUAUAGACCAGGUGGUGAUGUCCUAUGGUGGACUGCGCGGAGCGGUUGCUUUUGCCUUGGUUGUGCUUCUGGAUGCGACAAAAGUGAAAGAGAAGAACCUGUUUGUCAGCACAACCAUCAUUGUUGUGUUUUUUACUGUCAUUUUCCAGGGACUGACUAUCAAACCUCUGGUCCAGUGGCUGAAAGUGAAGAAAACUGAACACAGAGAGCCAAAACUGAACGAGAAACUUCAUGGCAGAGCCUUUGACCAUAUUCUUUCUGCAAUAGAAGACAUCUCUGGACAAAUAGGACAUAAUUAUCUGAGAGACAAGUGGUCCAAUUUUGAUAGGAAAUGCCUCAGUAAAGUACUGAUGAGAAGGUCUGCUCAAAAAUCAAGAGACCAGAUCCUUAAUGUUUUCCAUGAACUCAACUUGAAGGAUGCAAUUAGCUAUGUGGCUGAGGGAGAACGUAGAGGCUCCUUGGCAUUUAUACGUUCCCCAAGUACAGACAACAUGGUCAACGUGGAUUUCAACACCCCACGCCCGAGUACUGUGGAAAGCUCUGUCUCUUAUUUACUGAGAGAAAAAGCUGGGCCAGUUUGCCUUGACAUGCAAGCUUUAGAGCAGAGGAGGAAAAGUAUCCGGGACACAGAAGACACAGUGGCUCAUCACACCCUACAACAGUACCUGUACAAACCCAGGCAGGAGCACAAACACCUGUACAGUCGACACGAGAUCAUGCACAAUGAAGAUGAGAAACAAGACAAGGAGAUUUUCCAUAGGACAAUGAGGAAACGCUUAGAAUCUUUCAAGAGUACCAAACUAGGAAUAAACCAUUCCAAGAAGCUCAAUAAAAUCCACAAGAGAGACCGGGGCCAAAAAAGGCGAAACAGCAGUGUCAUAGCAAAUGGAAAAAUACCAUCUGAAAAUCCAAUUCAAGAGUUCACCCUGAAGGAAAAAGAUUUGGAGUUCUCUGAAUCAGAAGAAAACAAUGAUUAUGAAACUUUGCACCUAGGCAAAGGAGUGGAUUUCCUGGCUAAUGUGACAAAGCAAAAUUUCACAGAUACUCCCAAUGGCAUUGACAACCCAGUGUUUUCAGCUGAUGACGAUCAAGGCAUCUACAUGAACUUCUCCCCAUGGUUAUCUAGUGAAGAUACCGUGGUGCCAUCACAAAGGGCCCGGGUGCAGAUCCCGUAUUCUCCAACCAACUUCAGGCGACUCGCUCCGAUCCGGCUCAGCAAUAAAUCCAUAGAUUCCUUCCUGCUAGCAGAUGGCCCAGAGGACAGACCCAGAUCUUUACUCCCAGAAUCAACGCAUAUGUAA